UCAGCCUCCCAGCGGAAUGAGAGUCUCCACUGGAAGGAGAUCCCUGCUCCACACAUCCUCUCUCUAUGGUGUCACGAAGAACGGCAUCUUCCGGCAUAUCCUCCGAACGGAGCCGUUUCGGGCUCUGGGGGUAUCACGUGUGCCACGGAACUUUCUUUCUGAUUGGCUAGCUAGACCCAGCCUCCGGGACGGGUCUUUUGGCGCAUGCGCACAUCGCAUGGCCGCUGGCGGGCACUUCGGCCGCGGCGGAGGGACGGGGUUUGGCAGAGGCUCCUCCAUGGCCCUGGGGAUGGAAUGGCUGCUAAGACCAUGGAAGGAAUUGCUUCCUGGUCUGACAACCCGUGCCCUCCAGAGGCAGUAUCGUUAUAGAUGCCACCAUGGUCCCCCUCACAGGGCAAAGCGUCUGGUGCUGUCUCAGCUCUUUCAGCCUCUGAAUCUUCGAGAGGACAAUGUGGCUGGGCUGGAGAGUAAACCUGAUGAUCUGACAUGUAAGAGUCAGAGGCUGAUGAUACAAGCAGGGUUAAUCCACCCCUCUAGCCCCGGCUGCUACUACUACAUGCCUUACACUGUUCGAGCAAUGGAGAAGCUUGUCAAGGUGAUAGACCAAGAAAUGCAGGCUAUUGGGGGGCAGAAGCUAAAUAUGCCCAGUUUAAGUUCUGCAGAGCUCUGGAGAACCAGUGGGCGGUGGGAUUUAAUGGGCAAAGAGCUCUUCCGACUGGCAGACAGGCACAGCAAAGAGUACUGUCUAGGGCCAACUCAUGAAGAGACCAUUGCAGACCUGAUUGCUUCCCAAGCGAACUUGUCCUACAAGCAGCUGCCACUCCUGCUGUAUCAGAUAACACGGAAGUUUCGAGAUGAGCCCAAGCCCCGUUUUGGCUUGCUGCGCAGCAGGGAAUUCUACAUGAAGGACAUGUACACGUUUGACACCUGUGAGGAAGCUGCUCACCGGACCUACAGCCUGGUGUGUGAGGCCUACUGCAACGUGUUUAACAGCUUGGGGUUCCGCUUUGUCAAAGUGCAGGCAGACACGGGCAGCAUUGGGGGGAGCAUGUCGCACGAAUUCCAGCUCCCCGCAAGCAUUGGAGAGGACAGGCUGAUGAUCUGCUCCAACUGUAGUUUUUCAGCCAACGUGGAAACAAUAAAUCCUGACCAGACAGACUGCCCAGUUUGCAAAGGAAAACUGUCUGAGACCAAAGGGAUCGAAGUUGGGCAUACAUUUUAUCUGGGCACCAAGUACUCUUCUGUUUUUAAUGUCAGCUUCCACACUGCCCAAAACAAACCAGUCCUAGCAGAAAUGGGUUGCUAUGGCUUGGGCAUAACUCGGAUUCUGGCUGCUUCUGUCGAGGUGCUUUCAACAGAAGACAGCAUCCGUUGGCCAACCCUCAUUGCACCUUACCAGGUCUGCCUCAUUCCCCCCAAGAAAGGCAGCAGGGAAGAGAUGGGUGUGAUGUUAAUGGAUAAUUUAUAUGACAGUAUUGUUGAAGCCGUGCCUCAGAUUAAAGGGGAAGCUGUGCUGGAUGACAGGACUCACUUGACCAUUGGUAAAAGAUUAAAAGAUGCUAACAGACUUGGUUACCCAUAUGUUAUAAUAGCUGGGAAGAAAGUUUUUGAUAAUCCCCCCGAGUUUGAAGUUUGGAAUCAAAACACUGGGGAGAUCAUGUUCCUUACUAAAGAAGGAGUAAUUGAUUUGCUAAGUAAAGUGCAAGUUCCAUAAUUUUCCAGUCUUUGGUCUGUGGUCCUUGGUGUUUUACCCAUAUCUAAAUCUCUCUUUAAGGAUUACAGUUACAGGUGAAAGAUUACUCUUGUGUGAGUGGAAACUGCACAUGACUUCACGUGUUGCUAGGAACUGAGGCUUGUUUGUAUUAAUGGCACAUAUGUGGCUUGAAGUCUAAUUGGUUUCAAAACAUGAGUUUAAAAGUACUUUCAGAUCCUU